GUUCGACUGUCGGCUUCGCGAUAAACAUCGCUGCUUUGGUUACGUUGGGGGAAACUCGUCAGGUUGACAAGCUUAAGACGGAGCUUCCCAGUGCCAGCACGUCAAUCUCUCAACCUCGACAAGCCGCCAUCCCUCCAAUUCUUCUGCCUUUGACAACCCCAUCUGUCUUUUCUGCCUACAGAGUACCAAAUCCUGGUCGCGAUCUGGGAGAUUCCAGGCGCCAAAGUUCAAGCUUGGCGAUUGCCUCGAGCAAUCGACUUCGACGCUUUCCCCUCAGCGUCGAUACUUGACAUAAAUAGCCGCUUGGGGUCCAAUCCAAGUGAUCAAGUCACCUGCCAUUCAAAUCAUGACUCUUCCAACCACCGCAUUUCAAUCUCGGUAGUCAGGAACUCAUUCGCAACGUCCUCAAUCGUCCUUAGCAUCUUUCCUCCUUGACAUCUUUCCUCCAACCUUUCCUCGUCUCUCGUACUUCGCUUCCAUUCAAUCCGAAAACGCUCCUUUUUUUGAAUCUCUCUGUGAAGGCCAACGCUUCACAUCUUCGACAUUUUCACGUCCCUUCAUUUCUCUCCCUCUUUGCCCUUUCGACAUUUUUUUUACCUUGUGCAACCUCUCACGCUCUCACGACAUACCUUAUCCGACCGGAGACCACUCAGCCUUCGCCUUUCUUCGCCCCCCUAUCUCUCUCGCGUGUUGUUCAAACGCGCUUCACUUUUCAUCCGAUUCUCACUCUUGCCGCACCUCCCCCGAUUACACCCACACAGCCGCUACCAUGACGAUCAGGAAGGUCCUUCCGGGCUCAGAGAGCCCGUCACGACAGCUGAUGCUGGAGCUGGCCCGUGAUCUGGAAAACGUCAGCCUUUUUAAUGCCGACUUGAAAAAAGUGCGAGCAUACGAACGGAAGGCGUUCUACGACAACCUUGAUCGGAUCGACCGGGAGCGUGAGGCUGCUCACACGGCUGCCCUUGAUGAGGCUGCCGCUUUCCACGACAAAGUGCGUGAGGAGGCCGAGGCUACUCUAAGGGAACACAUCCGUGCAGAAGAGGAAGAGCGGUUGCGACAAGAGGAGGCCGCGCGCAAAGAAAAGGAGCGCAUCGAGCGGAUCCGUCGUGAGGAGGCAGAAAAGUUACGUCGGCAGCAAGAAGAGGCUGCUCGCGCCGAGGCCGAACGCAAGGCCAAAGAGGAGGCUGCUAAGAAGGCGGCAGAGGAUGCAGAACGGGCACGUAAGGCCGCCCUUGAAGAAAAGGAGCGCCAGGAACGUGAGCAGCGUGAACGGGCUGAGGCGGACAAGCGCAAGCAAGCCGAAGAUGCCAAGAAUGCCCAACUAGAGGCCGAGCAGCAGGCAAAGGCCCAAGAAUUGCGCAAGGUCGGUGCCGCGGGUCUCACAACUGAGGAGGCGCGCAUUCAGGAUCGCUUCGUGGAGCUGCAUAAAACUCUCAAGGAGAUGCGAGAGUGGCUGAGGGUGAGCGUGAAGGACAAUCCUCCAGCGAAGCAGGCGAUGGGUGACAUGCGCCGGUCGAUUAAGAAGUGCGUUGGUCAAUUGCGCGACGGGAAGGGUGUCAAUAAGGCACAGACCCAGCAGAUCCGGGUAGAGCUUGAAAAAGCCUGCCAAAUGACCGAGCCUUCUGUCGACGUUCGCCAAUUCAUCGCGUUCCCUCCGGCAGAGCUUGCUCAGACUGAGCACAAGGUGCCUGCCAUGUUGAUCUAUGGGCUCAACAUGCUGGCCAAGGCCCUAAUCUCAGCCUUGAUCACGGAGGCAUCCAUCAACCCCGCCCACGCUGAACCUAUCGGUAUUGUCGCCGCCCAGAUCUUCUCUAUGGACACUUUCAUGGUCAAGGGCAUGCCCAUGGGCGACAUCCUGCUCGCCAAGUACCGUGUGGUGUGCCCGGCGCUCUGGGGCUCCACCGGUAAUGACAAGACCGAAUCUGGACGCCGUGCACUCGGAUGGUGGCGUGAGGAAGCUGGCGGUCCCUUCGUGAGCGAGCAAGCCCACAUGGACCGCAUGACAGCCCUGGGCGCCGGCUUUUCUGCCUUGACGCUGCGCAACUUUGGCAAGACUCAACGUCGCAAUCCUUUCCCGAAUACCAUUUUCUGGAAUUCAUUACAGAAGAUCCUUUCCAUCCCGCCUGCGGACAUGCAGGACACCCAAGUUGCGCUCCUUCAUGCUAUGUUGAGAGCAUCGAGUGAGCGUAUCUUGGGCUUUUUCGGGCACGUUGGCUUGGCCCUUCUCCGACGGGCCAUCGUCGAUCUGCCGGCCGCUCUGCCGCGGCAGACGAUGAACGUGAACCAAUUGAAGCUCCUUAAGGAGACCUAUGAGCGCGACAGGCGUCUUGUUCUCUAGAGCGGCUUCCCUUUGGAUGACUGGAUGCCGGAUAGAAGCAUCUGAGAUUUGUGGACUUGUCCACACCUUUGCUUACACCGCAGGUGGAUAGAAUUGCGAGAUCGUGGAGAUACUAGAAAGUGGCUUAAGUUACGCCCACUCCUCUAUCUUUGAUCCUAGCUGCAUAGAUGAUCGAUUACGAACUGAUAGCCAAGACUAAAAUCUUGCAAGUUUCCUCUUCAAUCUCAAAAUAUAAGAAAAUUGCAAAUUCCUCUUUUUCGACAAAGGGAGAAUGAAGAAAGACACUUUAAAGGUCGUUCAAAAAGACCUUUAGAAAACAGCACCUUGACCAGAUGGCCCCCACCCGCAUCACAGCCACAUGCAAACCCAGCGACUGCAACCUAAGAUGUAGGCACAAGAAAACCACACUCCUCAACUCUCCUUCUACAACCUCUAACCCCCUAAGAACUCCCCACAAUGAAACCCACCCUACCAAACGUCCACCUCCACAAACGAUCUCUUUCACAUAUCUUCCCAAAAACCCACCUCCCAUUCAAACCCCAACCUCCACUCCUCCGUACCACGGUUCCCCUCCGCAGCCCAGCCAGGCUCCCACCGACCGCAUCCUCCUUAUUAACACGGACACCAUUCCUCUCUCUCUCUAGCAAAUCCUCCGCCCCUCACGGCCCGGUAAAGCCCGGAUCGGCAAAGACCCACGAGUCCGAUGAGGAUGGAGAGGUCCAGGCCCAGACCCCGUCGGUCAGCUUUGAGGGUCUAGGCAUCAGUCGCAAUAUGAAAGUGAUUUUGUUGGUGAUCUUGGGGGUGUUUGGGAGUGUUGAGACUUAUUUUUGGUGUAGGGCAAUUUGGACUUGGUGGAGGGGUGGUGAGGAUUGUGAUGCUCACGAGUAGGGAGAUGGACUGGAUGGGAAUGGGUGUUGAAUGGAGGUAUGGAUGCAACUGGUUUCUUUUGCUUUUCUUUUAUUCUUAUUUGGAUUGGCGUUUUGGGUUAAGAGGCUGAGAGAUUGUAUUAGGAACGCCAUUCUUGGCGUGUAUAAUAGAGUCUAUUCAUUCUCCGCUAUGUAGUUUUCAAACUUGAUGAAGUGGUAUGUCUCGAGCAUAUUUGCUUGCUAUUUAUUUU